AUGGCUUCUCGAAGGCUCUCCUCAUCUCUUCUCCGACCAUUCCUCCAUCGAUCUCCGCCGCAAUUUCAAGUUCCGGCCUCUUCCCGGUCAUUCUCUGUCCCAGACUUUUCUUCUCGCGUUUCUCCGAUCGACAUUGGGAAAUUCCCUCACAUUGAGGCAUUCACAAGAUUUGAAUCUGGUUAUGGUUUAGCAUCAGUUCUGAGAAGUGCUGAACUCAGAUCGUUUCAAUGGUCUGGGGCAAUCACACCACCUUUUGCUAGCAGGCGUAUGUCUACAGAGGCACCUUCUGUUGAUUCAUCUUCUCAAGACAUUUUGAGGCCAGAGCCUGAAGUUCCUCCUCGUAUCAAAUUUAAGAGAUUAGACAAAACUGGCCGGCACAUUAUGCAGGCAUACAAGGAAGCAGUAGAGGAGGUGAGAGGGCAAAGGGAGAUACCUGACAUAAAGCCUGGUUAUAUUGUGCAACUCAAAGUGGAAGUACCUGAGAAUAAGAGGCGUGUUUCUAUUAUAAAAGGCAUUGUCAUUGCAAGGCGAAAUGCUGGACUCAAUACUACAUUCAGAAUUAGGAGGCAGGUUGCUGGGGUUGGGGUUGAAUCUCUAUUCCCUCUGUAUUCACCUAACAUAAAGGAGAUAAAGGUUCUUGACAAGAAGAAAUUUCCCCCGUAUGUUAAAUCUGAGAAAAAAUGGACUAGGGCAUUUCAGCAGGCUUUUGACGACAAAAUUCCAGAUGGUUACUAUCUAUUUUCCGGUGAAGCUACCUUUGAGCUGGGAUUUUUCAGCCCUAGGAAAUUGAUCAGCAAAUACUUGUUGAGCAUAUGA